UAUGCAGCCCGUCUAUACACAUUUCACAUCCUUUGGAGAAGCGUCUUCAUAAACGCUCCUUCUGUUUCUUUCCCAUUUUCUUCCUCCUCUUCUUCUUCUUCUAAUCUAUCUUCCAUUUCGAAUACACAAUGAGAGAGUGCAUUUCCGUCCACAUUGGUCAGGCCGGUAUUCAGGUCGGCAAUGCCUGCUGGGAACUUUACUGCUUGGAGCAUGGCAUUCAGCCCGAUGGACAGAUGCCUAGUGACAAGACAGUGGGUGGGGGUGAUGACGCCUUCAACACCUUCUUCAGUGAGACUGGUGCUGGAAAGCAUGUACCUCGAGCUGUUUUUGUAGAUCUUGAGCCAACAGUCAUUGACGAAGUUAGGACAGGGACGUACCGCCAGCUCUUCCAUCCUGAACAACUCAUUAGUGGCAAGGAAGAUGCAGCAAACAAUUUUGCUCGUGGCCACUAUACCAUUGGUAAAGAGAUUGUUGAUCUCUGCUUGGAUCGUAUCAGAAAGCUUGCCGACAACUGUACUGGUCUUCAAGGUUUCCUCGUUUUCAAUGCUGUGGGUGGAGGAACGGGUUCUGGUCUUGGAUCCCUUCUGCUGGAACGACUUUCCGUGGACUAUGGAAAGAAAUCCAAGCUUGGAUUUACUGUCUAUCCCUCACCGCAGGUGUCAACAUCUGUAGUUGAGCCUUACAAUAGUGUCCUUUCAACCCAUUCGCUUUUGGAGCACACCGAUGUUGCAGUGCUUCUUGAUAAUGAAGCUAUUUAUGAUAUCUGUAGGCGCUCCCUCGACAUUGAUCGCCCUACCUACCAGAACCUCAACCGCUUGAUUUCUCAGGUGAUAUCAUCUCUGACAGCAUCUCUGAGGUUUGAUGGUGCACUGAACGUGGAUGUUACUGAGUUUCAGACAAAUCUGGUGCCAUACCCUAGGAUUCACUUCAUGCUUUCAUCAUAUGCUCCAGUGAUUUCAGCGGAGAAGGCGUACCAUGAGCAACUCUCUGUUGCAGAGAUCACGAACAGUGCAUUUGAGCCCUCAUCCAUGAUGGCCAAGUGUGACCCCCGCCAUGGAAAAUACAUGGCGUGCUGUUUGAUGUACAGAGGAGAUGUGGUUCCAAAGGAUGUCAACGCUGCAGUGGCUACCAUAAAAACCAAACGAACCAUCCAAUUUGUUGAUUGGUGCCCAACAGGAUUCAAGUGCGGUAUCAACUACCAGCCACCUACUGUUGUACCAGGCGGGGAUUUGGCUAAGGUUCAGAGAGCUGUAUGCAUGAUCUCCAACUCCACGAGUGUUGCAGAGGUCUUCUCCCGCAUUGACCACAAAUUUGAUCUCAUGUAUGCAAAGAGGGCUUUUGUGCAUUGGUACGUGGGUGAGGGUAUGGAAGAAGGUGAGUUCUCUGAGGCCAGGGAGGACCUUGCUGCGUUGGAGAAGGACUAUGAGGAGGUCGGUGCUGAGGCCGGUGAUGAUGAAGAUGAAGAGGGGGAAGACUAUUAAGUUUGAAAGGAGUUUGCAUCUUUCCUCGUAUCAGUAAUUAAUUUCUGUUAACCCCGGUGUUGUUGCUAUGCUAUAUGUUGUAAUAGCCAUGUGCUUUCACUUUGCAGUUGACUAUAUUUGCAAAUGUGUCCUUUGAAGUGUUGCAGCUCAUCGCGACUGUAUUUGCUUAAAUGGCAUCUCGGACUGCCUACUUCGACUGAGUGGUUGUAUGAAUAAAAACUGUGUCUUCAUAAAAGGUUUUUCAAGUGGCCUUGAAAUUCCUUA